GCGGGCUCGGCGCGGCGCGGCGGGACCGGAGCGGAGGAGGCGAGGCGGGCGCCCGGGAGAAAGGCCCAGCCCCGGAGGCGGCUCGGAGCGGGAGCCGGGCCGCGGGGUCCUUCCCUGAGGGGACGAAAGCAUCUCGGGGAAGGAAGGUUUCUCGGCGCGGAAGUGGCACAGCGAGCAGCCGAGAUGUCCGUGGAGCCGAUGAGCUACGAGGCCCAGUUCUUCGGCUUCACGCCGCAGACGUGCAUGCUCAGGGUCUACAUCGCCUUCCAGGACUGCCUGUUUGAGGUGAUGCAGGCCGUGGAGCAGGUGAUCCUAAAGAAGCUGGAGGGCGUCCCGGGCUGCGAGGUCAGCCCCGUGCAGAUCCGGAAGUGCACGGAGAAGUUUCUCGGCUUCAUGAAAGGACGGUUUGACAGCCUCUUCGGCAAGAUGGAGCAGCUGUUUCUGCAGCUGGUUUUGCGCAUCCCCCCGCACAUCUUGCUUCCGGAAGAUAAAGCCCAGGAGACGCACCCCUGCAGCGAGGAGGAAUUCCAGCUUCUCCAGAAAGAAAUUGAAGAGCUGCAGGAGAAAUACAGGACUGAAGUGUGCGCCCAGCAGGCCCUUCUCGCAGAACUGGAGGAACAAAAGAUCGUUCAGGACAAACUCAGGCAGACCUUGGCUUUGUUCGAUGAGCUGGACGGCGUUGGCCGAGAUCAGGGGGCUAGUGACUUCAGGGAGAGCCUGGCGCUCCUGGUCCAGAACUCCAGAAAACUGCAGAGUAUUAGGGACGACGUGGAAAGGGAAGGCAAAAGACUGAAAGUUUCUUAAUUUCUAGGUGGUAACAGGAGUGGGAUGGACGUCAAGGGUGGUCUCACUGUACAUUUCUCGAAUUCUCUUUGUCCCUCUGUCUUGUCGUCCGCACCGUCCUGUUUAGGUGCGCCUCCCGAGCUGUCUCCACACUCGCCGGGACUGCUCUCUGGAGCUUCUGUUCCUCAGAGACUUAGCACGUGGGAAGGGGUCCCCGGUUCAGUAACCGCUCACUGGGGACCGUGACUGAAGAGGCACAAGCGCCUUGGCCGGUCAGGGAUGUUUGGAAAAGUUCCGCCUUGGUCAUGAGUCCUGCGUAACCUCGAGCCUCUUGACGUCCUCUCCGGAUGCGAUCAGAUGAGAAAAGGUGAAGUGGUGGCUUCGUCACGACCCAGCCGCUGCACCCCGAGAGAGCGAGCGAGCGAGCGAGAGCCAGCACAGACUGCCCGCUCUUGGCCACCACUGUGUCUUCCGUGGGGAACUUCACUAAUGCACAGAAGCGAGUAGAAAACACACCCGGGAUCUUUAGUCAAGAGGAAAGAAGCUGGUUUUGUUCCAGAAAGAAAUCCCUCCCGUGAUCAGGCUUUCAGUGACGUGAGACACCUUGCCGUCCGGGAGCCCAGCAGUGGAAGAGCGUGGACACAGCCCCGGCGGAUCUCGGGAACAGCGAGGGAAACCCGGAACAUGGCCAAUAGCGAGGUUUAUAUGAAUUGACUGCUAGGUAUUUUUAUCAUUUAUUUUCAUACGUCAGUUAGAUUUGGAAUCUGCCCUGUGCCUAAUAUUUAAUUAACAUAUUUAUUCAUACUCCUAAGCAUCAAAUAUUUAGUGCCCACGGUGGGAAAUUUUAGCUGUGUCUUGGGCGUAAAUUUCGUGGAGUCUAAUACUUCUGUAAUUAAUCGGUGUAAAAUGUCCUCUCCCCCAGAGAGAGAGGACGGGUAGCGAUACUUGCUAUUGAGGUGUUUCCUGCCCUCCGUGUCUUCCUAAAGAACGGGAUUUGAGUUGCUUCCUUAUAUAGAAGAGGAACUCAGGGCAUUAAUAUUUGCAAUUAAAGAUUCAUAGACUUAAGAUGCCUGUGUUUACCUGGAAUAUGUUUAUUAUCCAAAAGUCUUUGCCAGUCCUGUACAUUAAAUGCAUAUAUUUUAAAGGC